AUGUUGGGUUUUGAUUGCACCAACAACAUAGCUGAGUACGAGGCGUGCGCCCUUGGGAUCCAAGCGGCAAUUGACUUCAAGGUCAAGUUGCUCAACGUAUAUGGGGACUCAGCCUUGGUAAUCCACCAGUUGAGAGGAGAAUGGGAGACUAGGGAUCAUAAGUUGGUACCCUACCAAGCCUACAUCAUAAAAUUGAUAGAAUUCUUCGAUGACAUAUCCUUUCACCACAUUCCUAGAGAGGAGAAUCAGAUGGCCAAUGCCCUCGCCACUUUAGCAUCCAUGUUCCAACUUACCCUGCAUGGGGAUUUUCCGUACAUCGAAUUUAGAUGUCGCGGCAAGCCUGCACAUUGUUGCUUGAUAGAAGAAGAUCAAGUUGGUAAACCUUGGUACUUCAAUAUCAAACGGUACAUCAAAGACAAGGAAUACCCACGAGAGGCCUCUGACAACGACAAGAGAAUGUUGCGAAGGUUGGCAGCCGACUUUUUCCAAAGUGGGAAUAUCCUAUACAAGAGGAACCAUGAUAUGGUUUUGCUUCGAUGUGUGGAUACCAGAGAGGCUAAGCAAAUGCUGGUAGAAGUGCAUGAGGGAUCCUUUGCAACACAUGCCAAAGAACAUGCCAUGGCCCAGAAGAUUCUGAGAGCAGGGUAUUACUAG